AUGGCGGAGCCGGGCGACGCGGCGGGCGGGUCUUUCCCAGAAGGUGGGUCGGAAGACAAGAAGGACGACAAGACAGAAGGCAGAAUGGAAGGCAGGACGGAAGGCCGGACGGAAGGCCGGACGGAAGAUGGGACAGAAGGCGGGACGGAAGACAGGUCGGCUUCCAAGGCAGAAGAGCAGGACAAGGAAGGCAGCCCGGUGUCACCACUGAAGACGGAUAAAGGCCAGGAAAGUGAUGAGGCUGCUGGUGCUAUGGAACACCCUGAGAGAGAAGGCGCUGGUGAAGAAGGUUCACUUGAAGGCCAGUCCAUGUAUGAAGGGUACCCCCUGUAUGAAGGGGACCCCCUGUUUGGAGGCUAUCCCCUUUACGAAGGGGACUCCCAACACGAAGCCACCUCCCUGUAUGAAGAUGUUCCCAAACCAGAGGAGGACACCAAAUAUGAAGACGGCAAAUACGAAGAGGAAGUUUGGUAUGAAGAGGAAUUUGAAUCCGAUUUAGAAACUGUAUCCCCUCAUAGGCAACUCAGCUCCCUGGCUCUGACCUACUCAGAAGUCGGUCCUUGGGAACCGCCUACAGAGGAAGGCAGCCCCGAACACCUGCCUGAAAGAGGCAGCAGGGACAUGGAUGUGGAAGGCUCCCCCAAAGGGAUGCCCAGCCCGUCGGAAUCAAGAGAACAAGUGGCUCCCACGGCAGAGCCGUCCCAGGAAAUCCUGGUCCCAUCUGAGCACUUAGGCCAGGCUGCUUCCGAGACCAUAGUCGGCAGACUGGCAAAAUCCAAAGAAGAGGUGCUGGAGAAGGUCUUCUUUCCCAUGGGGUUGCAACACCGCUUCAGGCUGAGUGAAGGAAGCACCAUGUCGGAGAUGGAAGACGCCUUGCUGAGCAGGGACGAGCUGGAGUCAGGAUUCCCCUUGGGGCAGCCCACCCAGCCUGCAUUCCUGGACCGGAUCCAGCAGUUAAGCCUUGAGGGCGGCACCCUGGAGGACAGGAUGGAGUCCGAGGGGAGCGAUGAGGCAGAGGAUGAAGGAUCCCACCUGGUGGUUUUGGACCCAGACCAUCCGCUGAUGGUGAGAUUCCAGGCCGCCCUGAAGAACUACCUCACCCGACAGAUAGAGAAGCUGAAACUGGAACUUCAAGAGCUGGGCGUAGCCACCAAGCAGAGCCGAGCCCAGCGGCAGGAGCUAGGGGUGAACCUCUACGGGGUCCAGCAGCACCUGGCCCACCUGCAGAUGCAGCUGGAGAGGAGCCACGACCGCCACUCGGCGGCCGCGUGCGAGAGGCGGCAGACAGAGGACGAACUGGAGAGCACGCGCACGCUCUACGCCAAGACGUUCAAGGCUGCCGAGGAGGAGCGCAGAAAGCUGGCAGCUCUGCAGACGGAGAUGGAAAACUUGGCUCUGAACCUCUUCUACAUGCAAAACAUCGACCAGGACGUGCGAGAUGACAUCUGCGUGAUGAAGCAAGUGGUGAACAAGGCUGAGGUGGAGAGGGCGCGGGCCGAAGUGGAGAAGAAACGGCAGGACCUGUUUGUGGACCAGCUCACCACCCAAGCCAAACAGCUGGAAGACAACAUCGCCCUGUUUGAGGCGCAGCACGUGGCCCAAGCUGAGGACACCCGCACUAUAAGGAAAGCAGUGAGCGAGGCUUGCACGGAGAUAGACACCAUCGGAGUGGAGAAGAAGCACAUCCUGCAGCAGUGGGCCACCAGCCUGCUGGGCAUGAAGAGCCGCAACGAGGCGCACACGGCCAUCCUGGAUGCGCUCAGAGAGUGCCAGCAUCAGGUCAAGUCCAUGGACAACGAGAUUGAGGCCUAUAAGAAAUCAAUCACAAAGGAGGAAGAGAAGAACGAGAAGCUGGCCAGCAUCCUGAACCGGGUUGAGAUGGAGGCCAGCCUGAUGAAGAAGCUGACCACCCAGUGCCUGGCCAAGCAGGAGGCCCUGCAGAGCGAGUUCAACACCUAUACCCUGACCCUGCAGGAGUCGGAGGCCGCCCUGAACAAGGGCCACCAGGAACGCGCGGUGGUGACCGGCGAGCUGCAGGCCGUCCAGCAAGCCGUCCUCCAGGAGCUGGAGGUGAAGAGGAAGAUGGACGAUGACAUCCGGGAGAAGCUGCAGGAGCACAUGACCUCCAACAAGAUGACCAAAUUCUUCAACAAGCUCAUCCAGAGGCUUCAGAAGGAGAAGACCAACAUGGUGACACAUCUCUCCAAACUUGACGGCGACAUUGCCCAGGCCACCCUGGACAUGACAAACACCACCUGCAGAACGGAAAUGUAUCAGAAGACAGGCUCACUGUGCCUCCUGUGUCUCCCCCAGGGGGUAGAGGUCGGGCCCCUCGAGCUUGAGAUCAAAAGGCUGACCAAGCAGCUGGACGAGCAGAGCACCAGUGUGACGCAGGCCCAGGUGACCUGGCUGCGCCUGCAGCAGGAAAUGGUCAAGGCCUCCCAGGAGCGGGAGGAGCAGCUGCAGUCCACCUCCAUGCUCCAGAAGGAGAUGCACAUCCUGGAGCAGAAGAAACUGCGGAUAGAGAACAAGAUCAACCAGGAGAAGAAGGAGCAGAAGGAGACGGACCGCCACAUGAGGGAGCUGGACAAGGACCUAAAGAAGCUCAACGUACUGAUGAGCCAGAGCCGGAGCAGCUCGGAGGAGCUGCGGCAGGGCAACCUGGUGACCGAGCACGAGUUUGUGCGUACACUGAAGGACGCCGAGAGAGAGACCAUCGAGAUGCAGGAGAAGCUGGACCAGCUCAAGGAGGAGAAGGCGGCCACCCUGAGCAACCUGGUGGAGGCAGAACACCAGAUUAUGCUUUGGGAGAAGAAAAUCCAGCUGGCAAAAGAGAUGCGCUCCUCGGUGGAUUCUGAAGUUGGCCAGACAGAGAUCCGAGCCAUGAAGGCCGAGAUCCACAGGAUGAAGGUGAGGUACGAGCAGCUGCUGAAGCAGCAGGAGAAGAUGAUUCGCAGCAUGGAACAGGCUGUCGCCCGCAGAGAGACCAUCGUAAUUCGGGCUGAAGGCCAGAGCAAGCUGGACAAGAACGCGAUCACCCGGACUGAUUUCCACCACAAGCAGAUUGAGCUGCGACGGAAAAUCAGGGACAUUUACAAGGCCACUGAGGAGUGCACCAAGACCGUCCUGGAGCUGGAGGAGACUCAGAAGAGCGUGAGCAGCUCACUCCUGAAGCGGCAGCAGCAGCUGUCAGCCCUGCAGGCAGACUUAGAUGUGCUCGAAGCCAACCUCGACCAGCUCACAGCCCUCAAGCGACAGAACCUGAGGGAGAUCGUGGCCCUGCAGACCCGCGUGAAGCACCUGCAGGCAGUGAGGGAGGGGCGCUAUGUGUUCCUGUUCCGCUCGGAGGAGGCCCUGCAGGCCGAGCAACAGCGGCUGGACGGCCGGAUGGGCCUCAUUGCUACCAUCCUCCACCAAGUGCAGGAUGACUACCCCCAGUUCCAGGAGGCCCUGCACAAGGUCAGCCAGCAGGUGGCCAUCAAGCUCCAGGCUCUGGGGCCCUCCCAGGGAGCAGCCUGA